AUGGGAGCUGUUGUGUUGCCUGAUGUAGCAGCUUUGGGAGUUCUUAAACGGUAUCCCUUUCUUCCGAGGCACCCUUUUGUCCGUGGGAUAACUUCAACUUUGUCAAGAAGAAACAGAAAAUUUUCCUUUGCUGACAAGAGGAUCUUCAAAUCAGUUCACACAGUUUUUUCACACAAUAAUGAUGAUCAAAUGUUUACAGAUGAAGUUGUUGAUCAAGUUUUGGGAAUAGAAGAUGAAUUAAUGACAGCCAAGAAAGCUCUUUCCGAGGCACAAGACAGACAAGAGGCUAUAGAGAAAGAGAGAGAUCAAUUGCUUGAAGAACUUGCACGUUCUGAGGCCAAAAAGCAGGAAUACGUCGAUGCCAUUUUACAUGACAAAGAAGUAGCUAUAUCUGAGCUUGAGGCUGCCAAAUCUUUUUUCGAGAAAAAUCUGGAGGAAUCUGUUGAAGAGAAGUUCUCUCUGCAAUCCAAGCUGGUCCUUGCCAAACAAGAUGCUGUUGAUCUUGCAGUGCAGGUUGAAAAGUUAGCGGAGGUUGCUUUCCAGCAGGCAACUUCUCAUAUACUACAAGAUGCUCAACUCAGAAUUUCAUCUGCUGAAACCACUGCUGCUGAAGCAGCUCAACUCAUCGAAAAGCAAAUUAAGGAUGCAACUGAGGGUACAAUAUCAUCCAUUAUAGAGAAGUCAAAAUAUGCUAUAGAAAGAGCUCUUGCGGUGGCAGAGGAAGCAGGCGAAAAUGCAAAAAAGUCCAUGGAAACAUUUACAGAUGGUACUUCUCCAUUUACGGAAAUUGCCUCUCUCCAGGUGGAAAAUAUCAAGUUACAAAGAAUGCUAAAUGAUAUAGAAUCUCAGUUGACGAUUGCAAGAAAUGAGGUUGCUAGACUGAACAUAGAAUUGGAGCACACCAGACAACAGAUGAAGGCAUUUGAACAAAGGGCCAUCGAUGCAGAGAAAGCUUUGCUUGAUCUUCAAGAGUUAAGCAAGAAAACCACUCUACAGCAAGAAGAGGAGAUGAAGUCAUUAUUGGAGAAAGUGAGAAAAGAUGUGGCAGACAAGACAAAGGCAAUUUCCAAGGCUUUUAAAACUGACUUGAAAAACAUAAAGGCUACUAUUGAUGCUUCUAAAGAAGUUGUCCUUAGUAAAGAUAAUGCCUACCUCAGAAGAUGUGAAGCACUGCAGAGGUCAUUAAUGGCAUCAGAAGAUGCUUUGAAGAUGUGGAGACAGAGAGCUGAAAUGGCUGAAUCACUGCUUAUGAAAGAAAGAAAACUAGACGAAGAGGAUGAAGGUUCAAUAUAUGUUGUUAAUGGUGGGAGGAUAGACCUUUUGACCGAUGUUGAUUCACAAAAAUGGAAACUACUGAGUGACGGUCCUCGUAGAGAUAUACCUCAGUGGAUGGCAAGAAGGAUUAAGGCUGUCAUUCCCAAAUUUCCACCAAAAAAGACUGAUGUAGCUGAAGCAUUGACAUCAAAGUUCAGAUCCUUGGAGUUGCCUAAAGCCGAUGAAGUAUGGUCUAUUGCUCGAGAAAAGCCAAAGGAAGGGGAUCAUUUAAUUGAACAUGUUUUUGAAAGAGAAACAAUUGAGAAAAAGCGGAAGGCAUUGGAGCGUGCUCUUCGACAGAAGACUGAGAGAGCCCCUGAACAAAAAACACUAGAACCAGGAACAGGAACAGGGCGAGAGAUUGUGUUUCAAGGAUUUAACUGGGAGAGCUGGAGAAGGCACUGGUACCAGGAGAUGGCAUCUAAAGCUGCUGAUUUAUCUAAAUCUGGGGUGACGGCAGUGUGGUUGCCGCCACCAACAGAAUCUGUUGCCCCUCAAGGAUACAUGCCUUCUGAUCUUUACAACUUGAAUUCAUCAUAUGGUUCUAAGGAAGAACUAAAACAUUGUAUAGAGGAAUUGCAUUCUCAAGAUCUGCUGGUCUUGGGAGAUGUUGUACUCAAUCAUCGAUGUGCACAUAAACAGAGUCCAAAUGGUGUUUGGAACAUUUUCGGUGGUAAGCUAGCAUGGGGACCUGAAGCAAUUGUAUGUGACGAUCCGAAUUUUCAGGGGCGUGGAAAUCCUUCAAGUGGGGAUAUUUUCCAUGCUGCACCAAAUGUUGACCAUUCUCAAGACUUUGUGCGGAAAGAUAUCAAGGAAUGGUUGAACUGGCUUCGCAAUGAUAUAGGGUUUGAUGGAUGGCGGCUUGACUUUGUAAAGGGCUUCUCUGGCACUUAUGUUAAAGAAUAUAUUGAAGCAUCAAAACCUGCAUUUUCCAUUGGAGAAUAUUGGGACAGUUUAGCUUAUGAACAAGGAAGUUUGUGCUACAACCAAGAUGCUCAUCGGCAGCGGAUAGUCAAUUGGAUCAAUGCAACUGGUGGUACUUCAUCUGCAUUUGAUAUAACUACAAAGGGAAUACUUCAUUCCGCUCUGCACAAUGAAUAUUGGAGAAUGAUAGACCCUCAAGGGAAACCAACAGGAGUUAUGGGAUGGUGGCCUUCUCGGGCUGUCACGUUCCUAGAGAACCAUGAUACAGGGUCUACACAAGGUCACUGGCCGUUCCCACGAGAUAAGCUCAUGCAGGGAUAUGCAUAUAUCUUGACUCAUCCUGGAACUCCUGUUAUAUUUUAUGACCAUUUCUAUGAUUUUGGCAUCCACGAUGUAAUAACCGAGUUGAUUGAGGCGCGAAGACGGGCAGGGAUCCAUUGCCGAAGCUCUAUCAAGAUAUACCAUGCAAACAAUGAAGGUUACGUAGCUCAAGUUGGCGAUGCACUAGUAAUGAAGCUUGGUCAGUUUGAUUGGAAUCCCUCUAAGGAGAACCGUUUGGAAGGGAGCUGGCAGAAGUUUGUUGACAAAGGAUCAGACUAUAAAGUGUGGUUGAGACAAUAA